AUGUAUUUCCUCUUUACAUAUUUUUGGAUAUUAAUGUCAGUUCGGUUUGGGAUUUUUCUUAUACUCGUACAAUCAUCAGAGGAGUUCCCACUACACGACGCUCGGCACAACCUGACGGGAGAGGAGUAUGACCCGGAGGAUGCUAAAUACGUCAAGAAUGGUGAUGUCCGAUCAAGGUUGUGGUCAAGUGUAGAAAAUGGAGGCUUUGAGACCCAGCCACUGUCUAUUAAGGACGGACAAUCAUUAAUAGACAAGAUGAGAGUAAUGAGAGCUCUGGCAGGGAUAGAAAGACGCAUGGAAGAAUUACAUGGACUGAAACAGCCAGAACAUAGGAACUUGAUGAGUACAGUUAACUAUGUUUACGAGAUGGACAUAAUAUUGACCCCACAACAAGCAGAGACGAUCUACGAACACGAAAAAAUCCGCCAAAAACGCAAGAUGUCUGCAAGCAUGACGAGUCUUUGGGAAAUGCCUAUUUACUACUACUACGGUGGCCAACACACGCCUCAGAUGGAGCAGAAUGUUGAAAGUGUAAUAGCAGAAUGGGAAGAUCUCACGUGUCUAAACUUCAACAGAUCGUCAGGUCCUGUCACGUGGGAGCAGGGGAACCGGAACAACGUCACAAUCGAGUUCACACCGAACGGGUGCUGGUCCUAUGUAGGGAAGAAAGAGAAUGCUAACAAUGUCCAAAAGGUGUCUGUGGAUGGCUGUGUCUACAGAGGACGAAUUGCUCACGAGCUAGGUCACGUAAUUGGAUUUUGGCACGAGCAGGCACGACCAGACAGAGACGACCACGUGAUUAUCGAGGCACCAAACAUUAUGGAUAACAAACAUGGGGACUUCGUCCGGCUGUCGUGGCAGGAUAUCAUGGACAAAGGUGUACCUUAUGACGUCGGUUCAGUGAUGCACUAUGGCUCUACGGCGUUUUCCAAGGCUGGGAAUCCAACUGUAGUUGCAAGAAAAUCAAAUUUACAACGGGCAUUAGGUCAACGUCACGGACUUUCCUUCUAUGACGUCAAACUUGCAAAUUCUGUAUACUGUUCAGAUUGUUGUAGUGGUAUUCACUUAGCAAAGCCAUGCAAAAAUGGUGGCUAUCAGGACCCGAAGAAAUGUACCAGCUGUAGGUGUCCAGAGGGACUAUCCGGGCACUUUUGUGAGACAUCAGCUCCACCUGUCGGACUGUCUUGUGGCGGGGAUAUUAAUGUUACAUCAACCGUGACAACGAUAGGACAUCUUCAUGCUUUCAAUGAAGGACAUCAGUGUAAUUGGUAUCUCAGGGCUCCACCGGGGAUGAAUGUUCACCUUGACCUUGUCGGAGAAUUCAUCAAUUUUGACACGUGUUAUAAGGAUCAUUUCGUUACCUGUGAUAGUUACUUAGAAGUACGCUAUUCCGCAGAUCUCGCUAAUACUGGUGCAAGAUAUUGUUGUUCUUUAAAAGAAGAUCCUAGUGCGCUGAUUUCCGAAAGCAGUGAAAUGGUAGUUCUUCUGCGUGGAUACAACAAUGGUUCUGUAGGCUUCAAAGCAAAUAUCUGGGCUGAAUCGUGCGGUGGCUGUUCAUUAUUAAACACCACAUCUAUGAACGCUAGGCUCCGCCCCUGUUUCAAAAGUGUUCAACAAACAUGUAAGAAAACUUGGAAAAAGAAACAGUGGAUUCCUUGUCCAUGGUUUGCACCUCGAUCCAAUGGGAAAUGUAAUAGAUACAGAAUGGUGGAUAUGUCUCGUGACGACAUAUGUACUGUCGUUGUACCUUCAUGUUGUACUAACUAUCACCUGGAGGGUAAUUAUUGUAUAGCUUCAUCAGUAGCGAAGGAUGAUGACGCUAUAUCUGCAGACAUUCCAGCAGCUCCGGGGCCAAGCAAUGACGACAACGCUACAAAGCAUGGGUCGAAUGAUAUUAUGGGAUGGUCUACGUGGUCUGCCUGCUCGAAAACUUGCGGGGGUUGUGGAAACAAAACUAGACAUAGAGCAUGUUCUAAUCCAGAAGCAUGCGGCGGUGAUGACAACGAAGAGAUUGAGGGAUGUGCAGCAACGCCAUGCGCAACUCCUAUUAUGACUACAUGUACACGGACAGUAGCGACAAAGGGAUUCUGUCCACCUUGGUCAGCUACUACUUGUACAAAAUAUCGGACGGAAACCUACACGUGCCCUGAUCCCGCCAUGAUGUGCUGCAAAGGAUAUGUACUUCAAGGGGGUCUUUGUGUAGCCAUCAACACGUAA